AUUUACCGUCGUCAUAUAAUUAUUACUUGUAAUAAAAGGAUAAUUGCCUGAACUUGGUGUUUGUUUGGGAAUACACACCAACGAUAGACCAAUGUGCUGAGAAAAACAAGUGCUUGGCUCUUGGUAUUUUCGUUGUUUAUUUUCUAAUCAGGAAAUGGUCAUGAUGGGUCAUUUGUAUAUAUUACCGGUACUACUGUCUGUGAUAUCAGGAUCAUUGUCAGCUGUCCUGUUUGAUCCUAAUAUAUAUAAUCCAUUUGUUAAAAAUCAACAAACAACGCGAGCUCCAAUCGUCAUUAAUCCGAUGUUCUAUCAUAUAAUGCCACCUGGAAUCUCUUUCUCGACAUCUGGCCAAACAACUACAACAGGAACGACAACAGCACCUACAACAACAACGCCUUCACCUACUACACUACCCCCUAAUUUUUGUAGAAUAUCGGCAGAUUGUCCAUUGUCAUCUUGCUGUCGGGAUCUUAACCAAAAAGUUAUUGUGAUGUCAGAAGUGUUUGAUGCAACCGGUCCGUACAGAUCUAGACCUCCAACAAAUGGAACAUGUUCGAACUCCAGAGCGCAGCUUGGAGAACAAUGUAAUGAUUUUUGUGCCUGUGAAAUUGGUAUGACAUGCUUCAGAGAUGUAAAUAAACCUUGCUGUGAGCCAGCAGUCUGUCAGUACCAAGCAGCAUUAGAGAAAAGUAUGCAAGUUUGGAUGAGAUGCUUUGAGGAUGACAGAUGUGAGGUAUUCGAAGACGACUCUUCUUCAGAAGAAGAUGACGACAGCGACGAAUCUUUGAAAAAUUCAACCUCACAAGCAGUGAAAAAAUUCAAAGUACCAACUCAUUUAGUUCCCACGGUGAGAUCAAUGAUUGCAAAACAAAACGACGAUGAAGAUGAUUCCGACGAAAGUGACGAAAUGGAACUAGCAAAAUUAUUGAACAACAGCUUAAUUCAAAAUUUGACUAGAACUUUUCUCGCCGACGAUGAUUCCGAUUCUGAUGAUAAUGAUAGCGAAAGCUCGGAAGAAGAAGCGCUUGCUGUCCUUCUACAAGGAAUCAUAAAUCAUUUACUAAACAGUUCAAACACAACACCAAGUCCCAUCAGUACAACAGUCUCGCCUACCUCUACGACUGAAUCAUUAUUAGGUUUGUUUUAUAACCCACAAACACACACUAAUACAUUAUUGGACACUAAAUUACAUUCCACUAAUCACAUUGUGGAUGUAAAACAGUUAAUAUCCAACCAUGCUAAAAAAUCAAAUACGCACACGAUACUUAAUUCGUUGAAGAGAGGACAAUCGUCUCCAGUUUUACAAUCACACCAGUCAUCUCUCAUGUCUGCGAUGAGUCAAUUGCAAGGGAUUAACUCUGAAACCAUGCAAACAUUGAAUUCGUUGCAGGCUAACAAUAUUCUAUUAGGUGCUAGUCAAGGCCAAUUUCAUGGUUUUAGAGAAACCACAACUUUAGAUCCACUAACGGCAUUGAUUGCAGAAUCUAUUGCAUCCCAGCUGAUGAUUCCGAUGCCAGCACCAUCGCCACAGCUAACAAAAAGUCCUCCGGUCGGGCAGAUGAAUAUUAAACAUCAAAUGCCCGGCGGUGGUAUGUUUAAUUUGAAUAUCAACUCAAAUAAUAUGGCCACUACUACCCCAGUAAUGCCCGAUCUGGGUUUUAUAGCAGGGAAUAUUGAUCCAAAUAAUAAACUUGCUCCUCAAUUAAAACGUUUGCAAUUACUUCUUGGUAAAAAGAAAGCAAGUGCGGCUCAGUCAGUACAAUAUACUUUCCCACAAGCAAGCACACCGAUACCACAAAUGCAGCCAAUGACUCAUUUUAUCAAUUCUCCAGCAAUGAAUCCAAUGAAUCAUGUUAUCAAUUCUGCGGCAAUGAAUCCAAUGACUCAUAAUAUCAAUUCUGCGGCAAUGAAUCCAAUGACUCAUAAUAUCAAUUCUGCGGCAAUGAAUCCAAUGACUCAUAAUAUCAAUUCUGCGGCAAUGAAUCCAAUGACUCAUGUUAUCAACUCUGCAGCAAUUAAUCCAAUGACUCAUGUUAUCAACUCUGCAGCAAUUAAUCCAAUGACUCAUGUUAUCAAUUCUGCAGCAGUGAAUCCAAUGACCAAUGUCAUCAAUUCUGCGGCAAUGCAGCCUAUGACUAAUGUUGUCAAUACAGCGGCAGUGAAUCCAAUGAUAAACAAUCAAAUGAAUAAUCAUCAACAGCUAAUGAAUAUGCUCAUGUUUGGAUCUCAAACUGCUGAAACAUCACAAAGUUUGCAAACAAAUACACACAUGAAGCAGUUAUUACAGUUGAUAGGCCAUUCAACACCACCACCACCACCACAAACAGCAACUACUACAACAGCAAACCCUUCAAAUCAGAUGAGAAAUACAAUAAGUAAUUAUAAUACAGCUAAAGCGUUGCAUGCAAUGAAACUAUUGAAAUUUUUAAAAAAGAAAAAGGCCAACAGAAGGUUGAAAAAGGCAAGAAAAUCAAAAUCAUCGAAUAAAUUUCUCCAUUUUAAUAAGAUAGCCGUCAACAGUCUAGGGACAAAAGAUUCGUCAACAAGGAGUGCGUUUAAGCAUUUACAGGCACUAAGAUUAGCCUUUCUAAAUGGAAAUACAUCAAUCUCUAAUAUAAAAACCAAAAAGGUAAAUGCAACAGAAGACAGCGAUGAAUCGGAUGAAAGCGAAGAGUCAGACGAAAUGACUAAAAACGCAACUUUAAAGUUCUUGUAUGCAAUACAAAAUCAAACAAUAAAAGCUUUCAAAGUCAGAGUAAAUGAAAGUGAAGAAGACGACGAUAGCGAUGAUUCUGAUGAAGAAAUAGAUGCGUGGCUUGCUGCAAUACUGAUCGAACUUGGCAAAAAGCCAAACAUUACACAACCAAUAAGUACUACUACUCCUUCUCCAACUACCACUACUACCACCGCUCCUACUACCACUACUACCACCGCUCCUACUACCACUACUACUACCGUUAGUCCUACAACAGUAACUAGUACUACCCCUGGCACCACUGCUACUACAGGUACAACGACUUCAAUUCCGUCAACUACCAAGAUGAAUAUAUUUCUUCAGCACCUUCUCAAAAGACAAUCAACCCAAAAAACAAUUGGUCAUCAGUUAUAUCGACAAAAUGCACUUCAGACAUCUCAAAACAUAAAAACUAAAAUCCUGGAUUUAAAGAGCUUGGCGUGGAACGAUGUUGUUAAUUACUUCAAGACCAAAAAGACAGGGAUUUAAGGUUGAAUACUACUAAAGUGAUAAGGAGAAUACAUCUUAUUAGCCUCUUCCUUAACAAAUAAAAUUACACUCUAAAGCUUUAAAGCACAGUGACAAUAGUGAAUAUGUUUUGCACGAAAUAACAUUCAAAUCUUACAACAGUCAUACAUUUUCAUAUUUUUUCAGUCUAAAAGCGUUGCACUGUCUCUGAAAUGAGGCUUUCAUCACUACUUGAAAUUACAUAUUGUACACGAAUAUUAAUUAGUGUGAUACAUUCUGUGAAAGUGUGAGAACGGCAGAAGUGUGUAAACUUUAAUACAAAUGAUAAACGAACCAACGUUAAAUUCCUUCACUGUUCAAUAAACAGUUUUGAAUAAGUAAUUGCAAAUUAUCCAACACAUGUCAGUGGUUUUUUUUACAUUAUUUCUAAUAAGUACCAUACGAUUUAGAUAUCCAUAUAAUAGAAGAUUUGGAAAUGUGUAAACAUGGUACAUUUAGCUUUAGUUAUUUUAGGUUAUUUAGAACACUAAUUUCUAUUGUUAUUGAACUUCAUUGAAAUAUCCAUUAUGAUAUUUUAGCAUUGUUGUCCAUUCGUUUAGCAGCAGAAAUGUAUUUUAUUUAUAGAAAAUAUUGCUUUGAAACAAUUGUAAUUGUAGAAAAUGUAUACUAGAUCAGAUGAUGGUUUAGGUCAUCCUACUAUGGUGAAUGUUUUAUUGUAGAAAUAAAAAGAAAAAUGCGUAUGUAACAUUUUAUUACUAAUAUUAAUAUCUUUUUAAAUAAAUGUAUAAUAUUUUCAA